CUCGGAAGUUGUCUUGGGCAGGGUCCGGCCCAGAGCGAGGCCUGGCUGCUACUCUUGGGACUGUAAUUCUAGCUAAUCCAGCCCGGGGUGGACUCCGGUCGGUUGUCUCUAGCUUCCUGUAAGUCACUCGGCCUCAUGAAGAAGAACAUACCAGGCUUCGGCGUGGGCAAUAAGAGCUUCCACAUCGAACUCCUUUUUCACCAGGAUUUUCCUGAUCUGGCUACGCGAACUCCUGUCCAGAAUAUCCCCAGACAAGAUGGCAAGUGUUACAUUUUUUCCCAGAUGGCAUUUUCCAGAUGGCAGAUGGCAUUUUCCAGAGUCCAGAUUUUCCAGAUGGCAUUCAAAUGGAAAUACAUUUUUCAGAUGGCAAAAUAUUUUAGCAAAAUCUUCCUAAGGACUUAUAUCACUUCUUAAUCAGUUUAGAGCCUUGUACUCUAUAUCUUUGCUUAUCUCAGCAAUAAGCCUUGCAUAUUCAAUAAUAAAUAAUAGGAUGAUAGCAGCUUGGAGAAUUGUUGAUAAAAGAGAUCAAGCAACUGUCUGGAAAGAAAACAUGAUGUUUUGAAGUAUGAAAGGAUUACUAUUGCUAUAUCAGAGGCUACGAAUAUUAAUGGCCAAAUCUAGUAAUCAUACGGUCUUCUAAAGAAGUCAUGGGUAGCUGUUGUAGCUGUCCUGAUAAAGAAGCAGUCCCUGAUAACCAUCGAAACAAAUUUAAGGUUAUUAAUGUGGAUGAUGAUGGUAAUGAAUUGGGUUCUGGUAUAAUGGAACUUACAGAUACAGAAUUAAUCUUGUAUACCCGUAAACGGGAUUCUGUCAAGUGGCAUUAUCUCUGUCUGCGCCGUUAUGGCUAUGAUUCCAAUCUUUUCUCAUUUGAAAGUGGACGAAGAUGUCAAACUGGACCAGGGAUAUUUGCCUUUAAGUGUGCUCGUGCAGAGGAACUGUUUAAUAUGCUGCAGGAAAUCAUGCAAAAUAAUAGUAUAAAUGUAGUAGAAGAACCAGUUGUAGAAAGGAGUCUACAUCAAACAGAGAUUGAGAUUCCAAGAACACCUCUCACACCUACCACACCUGGAUUAAGUGGGCAGAAUUUACCUAAUGGGUACCCAAGGCACCCCUCCUAUGGAGAUGCCUCGUCACAUCCUUCCAGCAGACACCCUUCAGUAGGAAGUGCACGUCUUCCUUCAGUAGGUGAAGAAUCCACACACCCCCUACUUGUAGCGGAGGAACAAGUCCAUACAUAUGUGAAUACAACAGGCGUACAGGAGGAAAGAAAAAACAAACCAACUGCACGCACACCUCUGGAACAAAAGGUUCCCAUUGCAGAAACAAACAAGGGAAGGGAAGAAGAGACUUGCUCUGAUAGCAGGGAUGCCCAGAUUGUACUGGAACCUGAAGGAGUCAAAUUUGUUUUGGGCCCUACCCCUGUCCAGCGACAGUUAAUGGAGAAGGAAAAACUGGAAUCAAGUGGGAACAGUAUUCAAAUUAGUGGGAACAAUACUGAAACAAGUGGUAGCAGUACUCAAGCUGGUGGAAAUAGUAACAGUGAAUGGGAUACUGGAUAUGACAGUGAUGAACGCAAAGAGGUUUCUUCUGGUAAUAAACUAACAUAUGAAAAUGUAAAUAGAUUGUCUAUCCCUAAUGCUCCAGGCCUCAGGAGAGGUCGUCUAGUGUCAUCCAGUACUUCUGAUACUCAAAACAUCAACAAUUCAGCUCAAAGGAGAACUGCACUGUUAAAUUACGAAAAUCUUCCUUCUUUGCCUCCAGUUUGGGAAGCUCAUAAGCUAAGUAAAGAGGAGGAUGACAGUUUAGGACCAAAGACUCCCUCUUUGAAUGGCUAUCAUAAUAACUUAGAUCCCAUGCAUAAUUAUGUCAAUACAGAGAAUGUAACAGUACCAUCAAGUGCUCACAAAGUUGAAUAUGCAAGACGUCGGGACUGUACCCCUACGGUCUUCAAUUUUGAUAUUAGGCGACCAAGUUCAGAACACAGGCAACUCAAUUAUAUACAAGUUGAUUUGGAAGGUGGCAGUGACUCUGAUAACCCACAGACUCCCAAAACUCCUACUACUCCACUUCCCCCAACACCAACCAGGCGCACCGAGCUAUAUGCUGUGAUAGAUAUUGAAAGAACUGCUGCUAUGUCGAACUUGCAGAAAGCACUGCCACGAGACGAUGGUACUUCUAGAAAAACUAGACAUAACAGUACUGACCUGCCUAUGUGAGCCUGAAAAGCAGUAGUUAAAUCAUUUGCACCUUUGUGAAGAAUUGUUUUAAUUGGAUGAGUGCUGUUUUAUCUUUGAAUGAUCACUUUUCAUAGGUUAAUAGAUUUUUCUGAAUACUUCAUUUGCUUGCUUAAAGGGAAUUUAAGGUAGAAAAAGUAUUAAAUAACAUUAUCACUUUAUAAUUAUAGAAACAGCUUUUAACUAUUUUUGCCAUUUUUAUAGUGCCUAUCUUAUUGUCUGAAAGUUGUAGUAGCCAAUUAUAAUAAAUCGGCCAUGUGCCUAAAAUCACUGUCAAGGCAUUAUGACACUCCUAUGCUGCCUGAAACUUGCAUUAUUUGCAAAUCAGUAAAAUUUCUCAUAGUAUAUUAAUAGACUUACAGAUCCCAGUUGAAUUUAUGACUUCGUGUGGUAUAAAUGAGAAAGAUUUUAGUCAGCUUCAGUUGUCAAAUCAUGAUACAAUUUUUUUCCCAGAGUGCUGGGUUUAUGAGAAAGAACUGACAGGCAGCUGUUACCCUCCAAAGUUCUCCUAAUAGGAACAGCUUUCUAUAGUAAAUCCUUUUAUUAAAUCUAGCAAAGCCAAUUUUUAGUAUUGAGGAGAAUGCUGUUUAGUGGCUGAUUUGGGAGAGAUAAAAAUGGAUGAAAUCAACAUCUUCAUUAAGAUUUCAUUCAGAUGUCAUGUAGCUCAUGGAAUUGGUUUAAAAUUACCAUUGAUUUUUAGAUGCACUUUAAAUUCACUAACCAUAAGUCCAACAACUAGUAAUUUAAAACAUGCUCUGGUACAAUUUUAUUAAAAAGUUUGUGUUGCAGUUCUAAAAUUUUUUUUUCUUUCUUUCUCAAGUUAUAACAACAGGUAAUAAUAUGAAGAAGUUACAUUGUUUAGUGGGAAAAUGACAUAGACCUAAAUAAUUUCAAACCUUUUGCAAAGUGAAGAUGGAUAUUGUUAAAGGACUAUUAUGCUUUAUGGGCUAAGGGCUAUAAAUUGUAUAUAUAGGACACAAAGGAUGAUAUUGCAUUUACCCACAAUGCAACUUUUCUAGCUCUUUUUUUUAUGUGUAGUUCUAUUACUUUCUCCAGAGCUGCUUUUGAAGAUCUCCAAAGACCUAUAAAGGCCUCCUGGAACAGACUGUUCCGUGCACUCUGAGAGGAUACAACCAGAAGUUAAAAAAAAAAAAAGAAAGCAUUCAAAAGCACUACUAAUGCACAGGUCUCUUUAGUUUUUGACUUCUGUGUUAUUUUUUUAAAUAUACCAACUUGUUAAGAUUUCAGCUACUACUAUUAUAUGAGAUAUAGCAUUAAUUUUUUUCCAUCAGGUUUCCUUCCAUCAAAGAAUUUAAAAAUUGUCUUGCUUUAGAUAGCAGCUACAUUUUUUUCUAUACUUUUAUACAGGUACUCAUACUCUAGAUAUUUUUAAUGUAAUUCACAAUCAAGUAUCUACAGUGGUUUUUUUUUACCUUUUACUUUUGAAAAUCUUCUUUUACCUCCCUCUUUUCAGUUGUAUCAGUAGUUUAAUUCUGUAUGUAAUUUGUGUUCAAGAUAUUUUCUGUUUUUCAUCUUGUUCCGUGUCUUUCAUAUGUAUUGGAAAGGCUCAUUUGUAAUAUUGUCAAUUAAGAGAAAGCCAACUUUCACAAAUUUAAAGAUGCAUUAUGUUCA